ACGAAAAAUGUCAAUACGGCUUUCCUCAAUUUACUUAAUGAACGAACAUUACAAUAAUAUGCAAUGCUAGUAAAUGAGAAUAAUAUACAGGACACUGAUAAAAACUUAAAACAGAAAAGUUGCAGUGUCCCAUUUGACCAUAAACAAUUGCACAAUAUAACCUAUGGAUCAAGAAUAAUAAUUUGAAUCAUUAUAAUUUUUUAUCAUUAAGAGUAUUUGACCAAUAUUUGUAAAAAUAAAAUGUACAAAUUGAAUAGUUUCACCAACAACAACAGUGAUGGUGCUGUAAUUAAUGCGGAUGACGAAGGCUUGGAAUGAGAAGAGGUGGGGAGGGGAUCUCUGAAAUCGGUCGUGAAUUUUCUAUCGAUCUAAGCCGAACGCUUAGAUCAUUUUCCGGGAAACAUCUUGCACCGCCCACAUAAACAAAACUGGGAAAGGCACCACUGUAGUUCACUGUGACUGCUUGCACUGCGUUGGUGAGCUCCUAUUAAAAAAGCAGUUGACCAUGGCACCAAAGAAAAGGGCCGCUCCAGCCAGUAAAGCUGCAGGGAAGAAAAUCAAGAAGGAAGAGCCGGAGGCUCCAGAGGAUGCAUUCAGGUCUGUCAAAGAGGCCUUGAAGGCGGCAGCCCCACAGGACAAAGGCAAGAGGAAGGCAGAUGUGCACUGUGGAAUUAGCGCAGAGGUGCUGGAAGAUUAUGACUGUAUGCUCAACCAGACCAAUAUUGGGCAUAACAACAACAAGUUCUACAUCAUUCAGGUUUUACAAAAUGGAAAAAAGUAUUAUUGCUGGACAAGAUGGGGCAGAGUGGGAGAGGUGGGUCAGUCUAAAAUGUCCUCUCCCUACACCAGUUCCGAUAAAGCAGUGAGUGACUUUGAGAAAAAGUUCAAGGACAAGACUAAGAACAACUGGAGCGACAGGGCCAACUUUGUCUCUCAUUCUGGCAAAUACACCCUGAUCGAGGUCGAUGGGGAUGAGGAAGCAGAGGUCAAGGUGGACAAGGUUGAUGGAGAGGUGGAGAAGAAGGUUCUCUCUUGCACUCUGGACAGAUCGACAAAGAGGCUUAUCGAGCUCAUCUUCAGCACUGACAUGUUCAAAGAGGCUAUGGAGGGAAUGAACCUGGAUGUUAAGAAGAUGCCCCUGGGAAAGCUGAGUAAACUGCAGAUUGCCAAGGGCUUCGAGGUCCUGGAGGAGAUUGAGGAGGCCAUGAAGGCCAGGAACAACAGGAAGCCCCUGGAAGAGCUCUCCUCCAAGUUCUUCACUACCAUCCCCCACAACUUUGGCCGCAACCGCCCCCCGGUCAUCAAUGAUGCCAGAAUCGUGGAGCAGAAGAAGGAGAUGCUGAUGGUAUUGGCUGAUAUUGAACUUGCCCAGAGCCUCAAAGCUGAGAGCGAGAAGGCUAAGGAGGAGAUGGUGGAGGAAGUUCCUCACCCACUGGAUCAGGACUAUCUGUCCCUGAAGUGUGAUCUCACUUUACUUGAGAAAGGCCGAGAAGAAUUCAAGGUAAUAAACCAGUACCUGAAGGCAACAGCAAAUAAAGGCGGGCCUUCCAUUAUCGAUGUGUGGGAAGUAAACAGAGACAAAGAGGCGGAGCGCUUCACUGAGCACGAGGAGCUGGGGAACCGGCGCUUGCUGUGGCACGGCACCAACGUGGCGGUGGUGGCGGCCAUCUUGAAGAGCGGGCUGAGGAUCAUGCCCCACUCUGGAGGCCGCGUGGGCAAGGGCAUCUACUUCGCCUCUGAGAACUGCAAGUCUGCAGGCUACGUGAGUACAUCAAAUCGCACUGGAGUGAUGUUUCUCAAUGAAGUCGCCCUUGGCAAGGAGCACACCAUCACAAAAGAUGACUCCUCCCUUCGGAAAGCGCCAAAGGGCUGCGACAGUGUGGUCGCUCGUGGAAAAAUGGAACCAGACCCCUCCAAGGACAUCACCAUUACCCUGGAUGGUAAGGAAAUAACUGUUCCACAGGGGGCGGCUAUUCAGCAGUCCCAGUAUGAAGAGAGCUACUUCCACAACAGCGAAUACCUCGUCUACAAAGAGUCUCAGUGCCGGAUCCGGUAUCUGCUCGAGCUAAAGUUCUAACCGCUGCAGAUCGUCAAGGGCAAAGCAGUUACAGACCUCUCAGUGGUCCCUGAUGGCUCUCGUCAAAGAGCUAUCCUCAUCUUUUUUCCCCUCUGCACUUUACUGCUUGUAGCUGCACUUUAUCUUCUGCAGGUCUUCUCUUGCACUUUGGUGGCAUUUUGUUGUUUCCGAACUGUUUUCUAUACCUUCAGACUUCACCUUGCUCAGCCAUUUUACUGUACUUCUGCCUAAAACUUUGGCUUGGUGUGUGUAGAAUGUGUGUAACAUAGAACUUUGUGUGUUCUUAAUUGUAAUGGGAGGGUGAGAGUUUAUGAACCUCUUACACAAGGAUAGAUGCCGUAUUAUCACUACCCAGUGGUUUAAACUGAGCAAAGCAUUUGGAUGUGUUCUGUGAUUGGUUAAUUAAGUCUUGGCUAGUGGCUUCUCCCAAUAGGGUGUUCAGGAAGAUUCACUCUCCCGUUGUCAGUUUAUAGGCACUGGUAUAUACUUUAUUAUUCUCCACUUGUGUUUCUGUCCAAUUCUCAUUUAAUAGUCUUUCUCAUUGAAUAGUCCAGGUCUUUCAUACCUGCUCAGAUACUGCUUGCAGCAUGGCCUCUUGCUGUUCUUUCAGUUGUAACCGUUGUUAUGUUUUACACUAUCCACCUUGUGAAGAUCCGCUCAAAACAUCCCCAUGCUAUAACAAUCACAGACUGUGUUCAGAAUAGUACUGAUCAUGCACCAAUGCCUGGAUAUCGUGUUCUUCCAAAUUCCUUUCUUUACAGUAGCCAGGUACAUUUUACAGGAGAACAUUUCCCUUUUUGAAGUGCUGUGGACUAAUAGUAGAUUAAACAAUAAUGUGUCUGCUUAAAUGUUUACAUUUAAUUUAUUAAUGAUAACACAAUUUAGGACUAAUUUAGACUAUUGAUUGUAACAAGGUGCCUCUGCUCAAAUAUAUUUGGUUAGGCUUACACUACAUUUUGCACUGGUGUCUAAUAUUGUAUGAGACAAGCUGUCUAGCCAUAAUGUCGUUUGCACUAGUGUUACUUGCUUUUUUCGCCCGUCUCAUACUCAAUAUACAAACUGAAGAAGUGCUGUCCACUGUUUUGGCACCAGAGUGGGUGCUAUUGCAGUGGUGUGAGUUCAUAGAAUGCCUGUGUAGUGCACGUGCUGGGGGAGAAAGCAUGUGCAUGUUUGUAAAGAGCGUUCUUGGUUGAACAGUUCUGUUAUGUUCUGUAAGGGGAACCCUGAGGUUCUGCGGUUUAUGUGCAUCUGACAUUUCACUUUGCGGUUCAGUGUGAAUUCUGUGCAGAUGCAGCUAAAUGUAUAACUGUGCUCAAUAGAGAUUUGUUGCUGUGGAUGUUUAACUGUGGCCUUUUUUUGAAAAUGCAGUAGUACUGCGACUCUACCAGGAGAUGUCAGUAUAGAGCCCUAAUGGAAGUAAACUACUCAUGCAUUCUGUUUGCUGUUUGCUGUUUUCUGUUUCGAGCUUUUUGCUUGUAUCCGUGAUGCAGAUUCAAUGAAUAAAAAAUAACUUCUGCAGCAGAGUGAGAGAA